AUGGUUUGGCGCUUUGAGGAUUCAGGAGAUCUGGAGGAGGAUGAGCCGCCACCCGAUUUGACCUCGCCCUCCGCAGCCAGCCGUCCCAGCAGACAGGACGAGGACUCGGAUGCCUAUAGUGAUGACUUCGCCUAUGACGAUUGGGAGACGGAGGAUCAGGAGACCGAGACCAGUCAAGAAGAGAACGCGCCUCGUCACGAAGACGACGGAGACCGGGCGGGCGAGUCCGAGCGCCCUGCAGAUCCACAUGAUGCAGAGGACGCAGAUGAGGAUGAUGCAUAUAGUGAUGACUUUGACGCCAAUGACCAGGAGACAGAGGACCCCGGUCCCGAGAUAGAUCACGAAGAGACUCGUCACGAAGACUCUGCCGUGACUGACGAGGAGUCUCGAAUGAAUGAGGAGAGUCCAAGAGGACCUUCAGUUGGCCCAGCGCAGGAUGCGGAAGUCCGAGCAGAUGAAGAGGAUCUGGACGAAACAUACAGCGACCUGUUCGAGGCCGAUCCAGACACGGAGGACCCUGGAGCUGAGACAGAUCAUGACCCUGAAGCUGAGACAGAUCAUGAUCCUGAAGCUGAGACAGAUCAUGACCCUGGAGCUGAGACAGAUCAUGACCCUGAAGCUGAGACAGAUCAUGAUCAAGCUGAGACAGAUCAUGACCCUGAAGCUGAGACAGAUCAUGACCCUGAAGCUGAGACAGAUCAUGACCCUGGAGCUGGAACGGAUCAUGACUCUCGUCACGACGACACAGUCCCUGCCGAUGACGGGAGAUCAAAUGAGGAGCUGCGUGUUGACGACGCUGUUCCUGCACAAGAUGCCGCACAUGAAGAUCCGAAGGACGAUGACCAAGGACCCAAGAGCGACCACGUCGAAGCCCAAGCGACUUCAGAGGACUUCACCCAGCUGACUGAGGUCGCGAAGAAGCCGUGA